AUGCAUCUCAUGUACACCCUCGACGCCAGCGGCAACCGCCUCUACACCCUCAAGAAGGUCGCCCACGGCCAGGUCACCAAGUCUGCGCACCCGGCGCGCUUCUCUCCCGACGACAAGUGGUCUCGCCAGCGCGUUACUCUGAAGCGUCGCUUUAACCUGCUUUUGACGCAGCAGAAGGAGGAGGCUAUGUAA